UAGUAUGUAUUCCUGACCAUGGGUUGCCAGAUCCUCACGUCCAUAAUCCUUCUUCCUUCCACUGAUAUAAUCCGGAUACUGUUAGUAUGACUGGGUUGCCAGAUCUGAUGCAGCACUCCUUCACUCUCCUUCUUGGGCAAAUAGCCCUUACACAGCCUGGAGGUGUGUUGGGUCAUUGUCCUGUUGAAAAACAAAUGAUAGUCCCACUAAGCAUAAACCAGAUGGGAUGGCGUAUCGCUGCAGAAUGCUGUGGUAGCCGUGCUGGUUGUGUUCCUUGAAUUCAAAAUAAAUCACUGACAGUGCCACCAGCAAAGCACCCCCACACCAUCACACCUCCUCCGUGCUUCACGGAAAUCAUCUGUUCACCUACUCUGCGUCUCAAAGACACGCCGGUUGGAACCAAAAAUAUCAAAUUUUGACUCAUCAGACCAAAGGGCAGAUUUACACCGGUCUAUUGUCCAUUGCUUGUGUUUCUUGGCCCAAGCAAGUCUCUUCUUCUUAUUGGUGUCCUUUACUAGUGGUUUCUUUGCUGCAUUUUGACCAUCUGAUUCAUGCAGUCUCCUCUGAACAGUUGAUGUAUCUGUUACUUGAACUCUGAAACAUUUAUUUGGGCUACAAUUUCUGAGGCUGGUACCUCUAAUGAACUUAUCCUCUGCAGCAGAGGAAACUCUGGGUCUUCCUUUGCUGUGGCGGUCCUCAUGAGAGCCAGUUUCAUCAUAGCGCUUGAUGGUUUUGCGAUUGCACUUGAAGAAACUUUCAAAGGUCUUGAAAUGUUCUGGAUUGACUGACUUUCAUGUCUUAAAGUAAUGAUGACUGUCGUUUCUCUUUGCACGGACUUGAGCUGUUCUUGCUAUAAUGUGGAAUAGGGCUAUCUUCUGUAUACCACCCCUAGCACCGGCUGUCACCGUCAAGGUCAACGCAGUAUUUUCCCCACAGGUGUUGUUUGACAGGAGGUAUUUGGGGAGUUUUGUUUUCAAAAUGGCUGCCGUUGUAUCACUCAGAGGUGCUACACACUGGUGGUGGGUGAGUCAGAAGUUGACCCCUAAGAGCAGAUCUAGGAUCAGCCAAGCUGACCCCCCUUGUAAGUAACCUCCAACAAUUUAUCAGGAACGGAUCAUCUCCUAACUGACCUUAGACCAGAGUCUCGGGUUAACUGCCAAUGUCAGAUAUACAGGCAGUGAACCCGACGUGUUCGUUUUGGCUGGCUCUCAUUGAAGUCUACUCCCCUAAGUACAGCUUUAGGAUCUGCACGUUCAAUCCUAACCUAAACCUUCUUGACCAUUUAUCAAGACCAUCUCAUAGCUGACCAUCUGACCUCAGACCAGUGUCCUGGGGUCCACUGACCCUGCAAUGCUGCUCUCAUUCCAGCUAGGAUUGUGACGAUACCAGUAUCACAAUAUUUAUUUUUCCAUGGCAAAAAUGAAAACCCCAAACUCUUUGGUCCUUUUUAAAAACCUGCUGUAUGUAAAAUAUUGUGUGCUAUAGCUUGGGGGGAAAAAUGUGACUCUAGAUAACAAAAUGUUUGUUUCUCUAAUUCCAACCUCUCACCUGAAAUACGGCCUGCCUGCCUCUCCACUCGGAGUGGAGCUGGGAAGGCAGAGAGAGGGGGAUGAAGAUGGGCUUGCUGACGGAGCGGGAGAGGGGUCGGAAGAAGACAAAUGGAGGGUGAAAAGAGAAGGCGAAGCGAUGGGGUAGAAGGAAAACCCAGGGAGGAAAUGGAGAGUGAGAGACAGACAUAUGGUUGCCGUGGUGAUGGCCAGGAAGAAGUCUAAGACGAAGCCCAAUGGGAAGAAGCCGCCAGCGGAAGAGAAGAAGCAGUAUCUGGAGGCGGAGUUUACGAAAGUACGGGUGGUGGACUUCGACCUGAAAGAGCUGGUGCUGCUGCCCAGGGAGAUAGACCUCAACGAAUGGCUCGCCAGCAACACUACGACCUUCUUCAAUCUUAUAAACCUGCAGUACAGCACCAUCUCUGAGUUCUGCACUGGGGACACCUGUCAAGCCAUGACCGCCUGUAACACAAUAUACUACUGGUAUGACGAGAGGGGGAAGAAGACAAAGUGCACCGCACCUCAGUACGUCGACUUCGUCAUGAGUCUGGUGCAGAAGCUGGUCACAGACGACGACAUCUUUCCUACGAAAUACGGCAAAGAGUUCCCCAACGCGUUUGAGUCUUUGGUAAAGAAGAUCUGCCGGUAUCUGUUCCACGUCCUGGCUCACCUCUUCUGGGCACACUUUAAGGAGACAGUCGCCCUGGAUCUACAGGGCCACUUGAACACUCUGUACGCACAUUUCAUUGUUUUCGUAAGGGAAUUCAACCUGGUCGACCCCAAGGAGACCUGUAUCAUGGACGACCUGUCCGAAAUCCUCUGCGCCCCCGCGCCCCCAGCGCCUGCCGCCCCUUCCUCCCCCACCUCGGCCCCUUCCCCCUCCUCACACAACCAUGUGACGGAGAGAUGAGCAGGGGUUGCCGCGAGAAGCAGCCCCGGGAAGGAGGUGGUAGAUGAUAAAGAUAGAGGAGAGAUGUGGAAACAGAAUGCCUGGUCCCCUUCCUAGGCUUCUGGCUUCAGCAGCAGGACCUGGAGACCUUCCACUACCCUUAUAUUUCGCUAUGACGCCAGCCAGCCGGAAGGAUCCAGGGGGGAGGGUUUUUUGGGGGG